AUGUCCACCACAACCCAACAACACCACCAAGAAUCCCAAGAAUCCCAAGAACAAGAAAACACCCACACCCUCCCCAAACCCCCCUACAACCCAAUAAUAAACCCCUCCAACACGCGUCCAAUCCUCGCAGACGAACAAAUCUCCCUAAAAUCACACAUCUUCCUAACCCGCCCCUACAUCUCCACGCUACUAUUCGAAAACGCCACUUCGGAUGCGCGCGACCACUGCGCCAACGAGCGGACCUUUCUCUCCUGGCUGCGUCUCUCAAUGUACCUAGCGAUCGUGGCCAUCGCCAUCAUAAUCAGUUUCCAUUUCCAGACGCCGCCGACGGGGCUGGAGCGGCGGAUGGCGUUACCGCUAGGAAUCGUCUUCUGGGUGUUGAGUAUUGCGUGUCUGGUUAAUGGGUUUGCGAAUUAUGUGCGCACGGUGAAGAAGUAUAGUCGCAAGGCGGCGCUCGUGCAGAGUGGGUGGAAGACGCAGGUGACGUUUACGGUGGUUGGGACGGUGAUUUUGGGGAGUUGUGUGUUGUUUUUGGCUACGGAUGCUAGUACGAAUUGA